GAGUGGGCGGGGCCGGAGACCGUGACUCAGCACUUUCCCUGGCCCCGCCCCUUCCUCUGAGCUUAAGGCCUUCUGGGCGCGCCUCCAGCUUUGCAAAGCGGAUCAUCAUGGCUGGGAAGAAAGCACUGAUCGUCUUGGCCCACGCUGAGAAGACUUCCUUCAACUUUGCCAUGAAGGAGACGGCCGUGGAGGCCCUGCGGAAGUGUGGCUGGAGCGUGACCGUCUCCGAUCUCUACGCCAUGAAGUUCAACCCGAUCAUUUCAAGGGGGGACAUCACAGAUGCCUCAAAGAACUUGGAAGAGUCGUUCAACUACGGCAUGGAGACUGGCAAAGCCUGGAAGGAAGGCCGCCUGAGCCAGGACAUCCAGGCGGAGCAGGAGAAGCUGGGGGCCGCUGACCUGGUCAUCUUCCAGUUUCCUAUGCAGUGGUUUGGGGUGCCGGCCAUCUUGAAAGGCUGGUUUGACCGCGUCCUGACCUCGGGCUUUUCCUAUUCCUACCAUGCCUUGUACGACCAGGGACCCUUCAAGAACAAGAAGGCCGUCUUGUCCCUCACCACCGGUGGAAUGGCCUCCAUGUACACCCCUGAAGGCAUCAAUGGAGACAUGAACGUCCUCCUUUGGCCCAUACAGAGAGGUGCCCUCCAGUUCUGUGGCUUCCAAAUCCUGGAGCCCCAGAUCGCCUACAGCAUCGGCCACACUCCGGCGGAGGCUCGCACUCAGAUCCUGGAGGGAUGGAAGAAACGGCUGGGCUCCAUCUGGGACGAGAAGCCCCUCUCUUUCGUCCCGACGGCUGACUUCGAGCCCAUGUCCCAGGGCUUUCAGCUGCGGAAGGAGGUCCUGGAGCAGCAGAAGGGCAAGAAGUACGGCCUGAGCGUGGGGCAGCACCUGGGCAAGGCUUUCCCGCCCAACAGCCAGGUCAAGGCCGAAUAGCCAUCGCAGGAAUCACUUGGACCACUGGCACUUUCCUGGUCAUUAGGCCACUUCUUUUAUUCUCGAAAUACUGUAUUUCAUUGUAUAAUAGUUGCACAUUCCCUCCCUUUUUUAUUACAACGGGGUGCGACUAUUAUAUGGGGAAUUUUAUAUAUAUAUAAAUCCCAAAAAGGGAAAGAGGAGGGAUGAUCCAACCUCAAACAAAUCACAGAGCCAUUAAACUGCAGAGCCAUUUUGGGCUGAUUCUCCCUUCCUUCCUUCCUUUCUCUGAAGGCUUUAAGGCAGACAGCCUCAAACAGGGGUGCGACUAUUAUAUGAGGAACGCAAAAAUCACUCUUUUUGGCAUCCAAGAAAUGGAGAAUGUGACUAUUAUGCGAUGAGAUACAGUAGUUUGAAACAGAGUUGCCUGUUUGCGAGUCAGGCACCAAAGGGCUUUGCACACUCAAGAAGGCCCUGGGCAUUUCAACGGUUUGGCACUAGCACCAUGACAUUGGCGAGAUUUCGGGGCAGGGGUUCAGACAGCACUUUUCUUUACUUAUUCCCUUACCUGCUCUUUUCUUUGGAUGCUUCUGAAAGAAGUGAUGUGUACUCUCUUCUUUGGGGACAGACGUUCUGUCAAAGGCAAAACUGAAUUCCAGCAGAGAUGGGAAUCGUAUUACACUCCAGAGGGGAAUAAAUACCUCUCAAGGUUUUUUCCAAGGCAUCUUCUUUGUCUCCCAAAAAUAAAAGCUUAGUGUCGCCUCCUUUUUUAUAUAUUUUCCACUGGUGGAAUGUAAUCACUGAAGCCUUAACGUAUACUGAAUUAAAAAGAAAAGACCUUUGAA